UCAACGAACAGGGGCGUCUUCCAUGAUGACCUGUGGCACAACAUCUUAACCCGUGUCCGUACUACUUUGCUUGACUUCGGAGUUUUAUUUUUCUUCAUCGUCUUUUCGGUAGUGAUGAUGGUUUCAUCUUUCUUAGCCUCCUCCCACUUUUUCCUCAUAACAUAAACGCAGUAUUUUCCCCCUUUAACCCUGCCUGUGAUACAGACAAGCUCUUAAGACUGACUCCGUCUCUGACGGCUCUGCAAUACCACAGUUUUAUUCCAGAUCGCUGGCGAGAGGACUCGGCGUUUUACUAUUGCCGUGGCAACCAGACUGCUUUGCUGCUGUGUGACAGUCGCUGUCGGUCAAGGCUCCGUAUCGCAGCUAGCUUGUCUUUCCAGUAUGUUUGUCCAUUUUAGCCCAUUCCGUUAGAUAAACCGUUUUCGUAAGAACAAAGUGGCGAGGUACUGUAAAUGCGUUGAAAAAGCCAGCCUGUAUUCAAAAUGCCUGUCAGACGGGGUCAUGUAGCGCACCAGAACACGUACCUGGACACCAUUAUCAGGAAAUUCGACGGUCAAAAUCGUAAGUUCAUCAUGGCCAACGCUCAGACCCAGCAGUGCGGGAUCAUCUUCUGCAACGAGGGCUUCUGCCAGAUGUUCGGCUUCUCGCGGGCGGAGAUCAUGCAGCAGCCAUGCACAUGCCCCUUCCUGGCGGGGCCGGGCACCACGAAGAGCGCCCUGGCACAGCUGGCACAGGCGCUGCUGGGCUCCGAGGAGCGCCAGGUGGAGAUCCUGUACUACGCCAAGGAAGGUACCUGCCUGCCCUGCUUGGUGGAUGUGGUCCCCGUGAAGAAUGAGGUGGGCGUGGUCAUCAUGUUCAUUCUCAACUUCCAGGAGCUGCUCGAAUCUCCAAACAAGAAGGGGAGCUUCCAGAAGAGACUGACUCAGGGGUGGAUUAGGGCAGGUCAGAGCCGCAGGCUGAGGCUGAAGCUGCCCUCUCUGCGGGCGGUGGCCCUGCGGCGGCCCUCCGUCUCCAAGGAGCAGUUUGAGGGCGUGGUGGUCGACCUGCUGCAGCCCAACAGUGAGGAGGUGCCGCUGAAGGAGUUCCGCAUCCCGUCCAAGGAGAGCUGCAUGCAGUCUGAGACGGAGGCCUUGAUAGAGCAGGACCGGGACCCCCAGCCCGUGGACCACUCUUCCCCCAAACGGCUCCCCUGCUUCCAGGACCGGCUGGACCCACAGGCGCCCCGUCCCGGGGUCCUCUCCCGCAGCCGGUCACAUGACAGCGUCCGGUCGCUCCGCCGGGCGUCCUCGCUGGACGACAUCGACGGCAUGAGGGCCGACUGGGGAGGCCGAGCCAACAGCUAUCUGAGGCCCAGUCUGCUGAACUCCACAUCGGACUCGGACCUGAUGAAGUACCGGACGGUGGGCCGGAUCCCGCAGGUGACGCUCCUGCCCCCGCCCUCCCCCACCCACAUCGAGAUCAUCGCCCCCAGCAAGCUGAAGGACCGCACGCACAACGUCACGGAGAAGGUCACGCAGGUGCUGUCCCUGGGGGCGGAUGUGCUGCCCGAGUACAAGCUGCAGGCGCCGCGCAUCCACAGGUGGACCAUCCUGCACUACAGCCCCUUCAAGGCGGUGUGGGACUGGAUCAUCCUGCUGCUGGUCAUCUACACGGCCGUCUUCACGCCGUACUCGGCCGCCUUCCUCCUCAACGAGGAGGAGGACGAGCGGCGGCGCACCUGCGGAUACACCUGCAACCCGCUCAACGUGGUGGACCUGGUGGUGGACGUCAUGUUCAUCGUGGACAUCCUCAUCAACUUCCGCACCACCUACGUCAACAGCAACGACGAGGUGGUGAGCCACCCCGGCCGCAUCGCGCAGCACUACUUCAAGGGCUGGUUCCUCAUCGACAUCGUCGCCGCCAUACCCUUCGACCUGCUCAUCUUCCGCUCGGGUUCCGACGAGCCCCAGACAACGACCCUGAUUGGCCUGCUGAAGACCGCCCGGCUGCUGCGAUUGGUGCGCGUGGCGCGGAAGCUGGACCGCUACUCGGAGUACGGCGCGGCGGUGCUCUUCCUGCUCAUGUGCACGUUCGCGCUCAUCGCCCACUGGCUGGCCUGCAUCUGGUACGCCAUCGGCAACGUGGAGCGCACCGGCUCCUCCGGCCCGGGCGGCAUGAAGAUCGGCUGGCUGGACAACCUGGCCGACCAGAUCGGCAAGAGCUACAACGACAGCGACGUGGCCUCCGGCCCGUCCGUCAAGGACAAGUACGUGACCGCCCUCUACUUCACCUUCAGCAGCCUGACCAGCGUGGGCUUCGGCAACGUCUCGCCCAACACCAACCCCGAGAAGAUCUUCUCCAUCUGCGUCAUGCUCAUCGGCUCCCUCAUGUACGCCAGCAUCUUCGGGAACGUGUCGGCCAUCAUCCAGCGGCUGUACUCGGGCACGGCGCGCUACCACACCCAGAUGCUGCGGGUCAAGGAGUUCAUCCGCUUCCACCAGAUCCCCGGGGGCCUGCGCCAGCGCCUGGAGGAGUACUUCCAGCACGCCUGGUCCUACACCAACGGCAUCGACAUGAACGCAGUUCUGAAGGGCUUCCCGGAGUGCCUGCAGGCGGACAUCUGCCUGCACCUGAACCGCAGCCUGCUGCAGCACUGCAAGGCCUUCCGGGGAGCCAGCAAGGGCUGCCUGCGCGCGCUCGCCAUGCGCUUCAAGACCACGCACGCCCCGCCCGGCGACACGCUGGUGCACUACGGCGACGUGCUCACCGCCCUCUACUUCAUCUCCCGCGGCUCCAUCGAGGUCCUGCGCGAGGACGUGGUGGUGGCCAUUUUAGGUAAGAACGACAUCUUCGGGGAGCCCAUCAGUCUCUACGCCCGGCCGGGGAAGUCCAACUCGGACGUGCGGGCGCUGACGUAUUGCGACCUGCACAAGAUCCUGAGGGACGACCUGCUGGAGGUGCUGGACAUGUACCCCGACUUCUCCGACAACUUCUGGAGCAACCUGGAGAUCACCUUCAACCUGCGAGAUGCAGAUCGGAUUGUCCAGCCCUUCUCCAGUGAGGACUCCGACUGCGGCUACCGCCGGCCCCGGCGCCGGAGGAACUCCCUGCACCGCCGCAACCGGCCUGAUGGGAUGGACAGGGAGGACUCGUACCCUGACCAGGUUCCCAACCACCAGGGGGCAGUGCCGCACUCCCACUGGGACGAGCUGUGCAGCACCCCCAGCGCCUGCUCACUGUCCAGCGAGGAUGAAGUGAGCAAGGGGGAGCUGUACCCCCCGGCUGUGGUCAGCCUGUUGCCGCCCAACAGCGCCGCCGCAGGGAUGGGAGGACCCCUGGCCCAAGGCCACGCCUACGCAGCCCCGGGUCUCGGCGCGCCCGGCCUGUACGGGUACUGGGCCGACCGGCGCCCCUCCCCCGUGCGGCCCGCCCACCUCCAGCCCCCCUGCGCCGAGGACCGGCCCAGCGAACUGGAGUCACGCCUGGAGCUGCUGCAGUCCCAGCUCAACCGCCUGGAGACGCGGAUGACGGCGGACAUCACGGUGAUCCUGCAGCUGCUCCAGAGGCAGAUGGCCCCGGUGCCCCCGGCCUACAGCGCCGUGAUCCCCCGCGCCCGCCCCCCGCAGCCCCUCGUGCCGUACGGCCUGAACCCCGCCCCGCCCGUGCAGAUCGGCGGCCUGGCCUCGCCGAUGCAGAGCCCGGACUCUGACCAGUUCAGGCGCAAGUCCCGGGACUCUCUGUCCAGCGGCAUCCACCUGACCGUGGCCUCGGACGACACCAUGUCCAUGUCCCCCGAAACGGAGACCGCCGCCGCCCCCCCCGGCCUGAGCCCCGCCCAGGUCCCCUCCUCCGCGGGGUCCCCCGGGCUCUGCGGCAGCCUGCGUUUCCCCUCGCUCCCCGAAAACCUGCAGACCUCCCCCUCUCUGACCGAGAUCCAGAGGCACGUGUCGGACCCCGUCCUGCCCGGCAGCUAGGCACCCCCCCCCCCCUUUACACACGUGGGACAGCAGCCCUGCUUCUGGGACAGUGUGCAGUGUGCUGGUAUAGGACAGUGUGCGAGUGCAGUGUUCAGUGUGUGGUGUUCAGGGACUGCGUGCAGUGAACGGGCAGUGUAUGGAGACAGCGUCCGAUGUGCAGGGACAGUGUCUCCUUACCACACACGCAUACACACCAGUCCAAAGCAUAUUCUCCCAAAUGCACACACACAUCAGCCCCGCAACAUAUUCUCACAAAUGUGUGCACACACACACACACAUACACACACACUUACACACACAGUGGCUCUGCAGACUCAAUACUGUAUUAUGCCCGGCUGGUCUCCCAUCGUCUCCGAGCUCACUGCACAGAAUAUCUCUCCCUCUUCAGUAAUCCAGGGCCAGUUUAAUGAGAAGCACAAACCCCCCGUGUGUUCUCCUGGGGGUUCCUGACCUUAGCCACUGUUCCCCAUCCCUCCCAGCUGCCUGCCCGCUCCUUCCUUACAGUGCACAGCUGGCUAGCUGCUCAUUAAUGUGAGCACACUUUUUUAGCUCUGGAAAGCAAGAAGGACAAUAGAUUGCAGCCACUCUACAAUUAAACAGUGAAUUCUAAUACAGGAUACUGACACUUUCCCAUUGAACACUGAAAUAAUGCUGACCACAGAAACUGUACUUUUAACUGGUUAGCUCUAUAGACCAGAGUGUGGCAAAGGUUGUCAUUUCUAUGUGUUACAUAAUGGUUUAAAAACAUGAUUUAGAUUAACAACCAUGCAAAGACAUAUUACAGGAAGGACUGAAAAAACAAAUCAAAAUGUAGCUGCACGUUUUUAAGCCCUGUGUCCCUUCUGCUCCUAACACACCUGCGUUUAACUCAUUUCAAUUGCGGUCACCAGCAGGUGUGCCACUAGCCUUAAUUAGUCACAGCUUCUGAGACUAUUAACAGUUUAAUUAUAAGUGUUAACGAGAUAACCAGUUCCCUGAUGACAUAUAUUUCAGUCAUUAAAUUCAUUGUGAAGAGGCCUUCAGCUUCACACCUAGAUACUCUCCCAUUAAACAGUGAACUGUAAUAAAAACUACUAACAGUCUCACAUUAAACUGUGAACUGUAGUACAAACCACAGACACAGUCAGUAAUCCAUGUACUCUAAUACAGACCAGAGACCUGGUCCUAUUGCACAGUGAACACUAAAACAGACCACACACAGGGUCCUGCUAAUGAAUUAACUCUAGUAUAGACCACAGACCUGGUCCUGUUAAACAGUGAAUACUAAUACGGACCACAGACUUUCUCCAAUCAAUGGUGAACUCCUCAGACCAGAUGUUGUCCUGUUAGGGCUCCUAAGACUCCCACAGACAGCUGGAGGUUGGAUAGUGUGACUCCUUCAGACUUCUCAUUUGGGAUUUUCACUCAAGAAUACCCGUCUGUUCGGCAAGUGUACUGUUACCACCCUACACCCCCCCCCCUCCCUGCCUUAUAAGUAACAAAAAAACGAAAAGUAAAAGCCAUACAUGUUUUAACAUGGCACCCAGUUCCUCAGCCAGACAACUAGCACACUAGAAAUGGCCAAAGCAUGUGGGAGUCCUGCUUUAAACCUGAGGCUCUUCUUCGCAUCAAUAAUAAAGGCAUUGGGUUUUUCGUAUUGAAUGAAUGAAUGAAUGAAUGAAUGAAUGAAUCGUAUUUAUAUAGCACUUUUCCAAAUGCUCAAAGUGCUUUACAGUGAUGAGUGGCAACACAUCUCA